UGUGUUGCUUUUUUUUGUAUUGAACCGUGCCUAUGAGUGACGUUUGUUGGUACUUUGUUUGAUAUUUUUACUUUGCUUUAUGACUUAUUCUGCCCCAUCAUGACCACCACAUCUACCCUUAUAACGGCGCAUUCUCGUCGCACUUCUCUUCAACUGUUGUCCAGUCCAGACGAUAUCUCCUCUGUCUCUCAUUCGGCUCCAUCGCUUCUGACUUCUUCUCCCAUCAUAAAUACCUACACACAACAUCGUUCGUCUAUUUCUCAACGGACACUGGCCCAUCAUUUAUCAUUGCCUCUGAAAACAGUAACAACAGCAGCCAGCGACUUGCUUUGUUAUGUGACUCUUUACGCCAUUCACUUUAUCUAUCUGAUCUACAUUGUCCUCACCGUCCCAAAGUCACUAUUCACACAGACCCUGAAUCAUUACCAUAACAACGACGUAUCGACAGCAGCAAGGAUAGCACGUGAUAAAUCUCAUCUGACCAAACUUCCGUCUCACCUGUCGAUUGUAGUGUCGCAGGAACUGAUGCAUGAACGAACGAGCGACGACUGGGAUACCAUUAUCGACGAUCUGUGUCUUGCUUCUUGCUGGGCUUGGCAGUUUGGCAUCCAAGAGAUGUCGGUAUUUGAUGCUUCAGGGGUCCUGAAAUCAAUGACCGUGGAAAUCCAGAAACGGCAAUCGUGUGCAUUGCACAAUUGGAUGAAAUCGUCCAAUCAACCACGACCAGCCAUCACUUUUUCCGUUCUGUCAGGACAGGACGGCGUUGCUUCGAUUGCGCAAAAGGCACAACAGCUCGUGGACGAACCAUUGAACGCCAUUGACAUUAAUAUGAUUGAUCGAAAGCUACAUGACGGAACCUUCUCCGAUCCGGAUCUCAUGAUCAUCUACGAUGGCUUACCGCACCACUACAUUUGCAUAGAUGGGUUUCCACCAUGGCAUAUCCGAUUGACAGAAAUUGUGAAUCGAUCAAAUCAUCAUCGUUUAGACUAUAACAUGUUUUCAAGCUGUUUAUAUCAAUUCUCCAAAGUAGAGCAACGUUUUGGUCGAUAGGGCGCGAAAAAAAAAGAAAAAAAAAGAGUCUGCUUUUUUCUCUAUUUCUUUUUUUUAAUGUUCCCUUUUCAGGCCGAAUAAACAAAAUUGUAUCCAUACCAUUUAUUGCCACCGCACACGGUUCCAUUCCCGCUUCUUUUUUAUUCUCAAAUCAUUUAUGGAAACAGAAUUAUGCCUAUUAAGGAAUUCCACAUGAUUAUCAC